GGGAGCUGAACUACAAAAUAUUUUUCGAAAGUUGUGUUUUGUUAUUUACACUAUUUUGGCGAACGUGUAUAUGGUUGCGUGGGAUCUUUUUCUAUAAACUGUGUCCCUGAAAUUUUCAGGUUUUUGAAACAAAUAUGUAGACGUUUUUUCACCAAAAAGACGUUUUUCUUUGGAAGUGCUCUGUUAAACCUACUAUACCCUCUAUCCAUGGCUUGGCGAUCUCAUGGCAAAAACAAUGUUGAGCUGAUACAGAAUUUAAAGAAAAAUGGAAUCAUAAAAGAUCCUAAAGUUGAGCAAGUUAUGCUGUCUGUAGACAGGGUGAAUUAUUGUAAAAACAAUCCUUAUUUAGAUUCUCCACAAGGAAUUGGCUAUGCAGUUACUAUCAGUGCACCACAUAUGCAUGCACAUGCUUUGGAGUUACUGAAAGAAAAUUUGUAUGAAGGAGCUAAAGCAUUAGAUGUUGGUUCUGGAAGUGGCUACCUUACGGCAUGCAUGGCUUUAAUGGUUGGUGAGAAAGGUAUGGCUGUUGGAAUAGAUCAUAUUGAAAAUCUAGUAAAUAUGUCGAUUGAAAAUGUGAAGAAAGAUCAGCCAGGUCUCAUUGAAAGCGGAAGGGUUAAGUUAGUUGUUGGAGAUGGUAGAUUAGGCUAUGCAGAAGGAGCUCCUUAUGAUGCUAUACAUGUUGGAGCUGCAGCUCCAGAAUUACCUCAAGAGCUAGUGAAUCAGUUAAAACCUGGGGGAAAGCUGAUUGUUCCAGUUGGUAAAGAAGGACAUAAUCAGAUGUUGGAACAGAUUGAAAAACUUACUGAUGGAACUGUAAGAAGAAGUGCAUUGAUGGGGGUUGUAUAUGUUCCAUUAACAGAUAAAGAAGCACAGUGGCCUGGGAGACUGCUGGCAAGUAUUCUUCGCCGAAAAAAAUGAUCAUCGUAAAUUCUGAAAUGAAACUUCUUUUGUUCUACUUUUGACACAUAUUUUAGAAGGGAAACAAAUGAACUUUAACAUCCUACCUUUUUUUUCGAAGCAUUUAUUUCUCUUGCAAUCCUGACACUCCCAGCAAUAACUGGACGCUGCUUAAGACAAGGUGUAGACAUAUUAUGUACUGGAAUAAAUCAUUGCCAUAUCCAGAUUGCCUACUUGAGCUGCCUAUAUUGCUCCUUUUUGCUGUGACUCGUUUUAAGCAUCAAAUACGUGUUGUCUUGAGAUAUUUGAUUUGUUGUAAUUUAACUCUCUAAAUUUAGAAUUUCAGUUUUGGACUGGAUUUCAGUACUACUUUUUUGUGCUUAUUUUGCAAAAAAAGUAAAUGCUUAUUGUUAACUGGUGAUUUUUUUUCCUUCAAAAUACAUGUUUGUUUUUGAAUUUUAAGAAGUAAUAAAUGAUUGCUAUUUACGAAAUCUUCAAUCUGUGAUUUCUCUUUCAAUUUUUGGAUUGUUUUCUUUAACUGAAAUUUGAAUGUGAAUAAUACUAUGUGAAUAAUAUGUAAAAUAAAAGAGAACUGUAAAUUAUAACAAAUGCUAUUAAAUUAUUUCUGAAUGUGGAAUGGAGUCUUUUAAAGUUUCAUGAUUGAAUUAAUUGAAAAUCAUGUAGUCAUCUACUCUGCAGAUUUAUGGAUUUCUUGAAAAUUUAUUGUAGAGAAAUUGAAAUAAUUCGAUAAUGCAAUCAAUCCUACUUUUAUACCAAACUGAACAGUACUAAUAUAGGAAUUUUGUAUUAUAAUUAUGAUAAUUGCAAUUGUACUUAAAAUAACAUAUUUACGAAAACAUGCAGUGAGUCGAUACCUCAAUCUCAGCAAUGUAUCUGUUAUUACAAUACAUGUAAACAGGUAGAAGUAUUUG